AUUUCCUUUUACCUUUGAGCUGCCGAUGAAAAUGGCCAGUGGUCAUCAUCAACAAACAAAAAUUAUUAUUAUCAUUUUUAAUAAUAAAAGAGAUUCCUUUUCUUCAACUUCCCUUUUACGCCAAAUUCCAAAUUACACUCAACACUCUCUACACUCCACAAACUUUUUUUUCCUUUCCUUUUUCUUGAUCCCAAAACCAAAACCAAAAAUAAAUAAAUAAAUAAAUAAAUAUAUAUUUUCUACAACAAAUCAUGUAAUUACAAGAAUUACUGUAUACUCGCGUGUAAAACAGGUGAUUUGAUUUGCUUUUUUUAAUAACCGUGCUGUGUGGCCAGCUUAAUUCCGCCGGAUACCUGCCAGAAUCUUUAUGUAAAUUAAGGACUGGCAAUGAAGUAAGUGCAAGGCUGUCUUUGGGGUUCAAAGAUUUUGUGUUACUGAAGGAUUCGUUUCCUUUUUGUUUGUGGGACAAAUGGAGAUUAUGGAUUCAAGUCCUUAUAAGAGUUUAUUUUCAGCAUUCUCCUAUGGCGUUGCAUCAAUGGCUAUGGUUUUCAUCAACAAGGCAGUGAUCAUGCAAUAUGCGCACUCUAUGACUCUUCUCACGGUCCAGCAAAUAGCAACAGCUUUGCUCAUACACGUUGGUAGAGUCAUGGGAUACACAAAAGCCAGAGAAUUAAAUGCAGAGACAGCGAAAAGGCUUUUCCCAGUUUCAUUGUUCUACAAUGCGAAUGUGGGAUUUGCUUUAGCAAGUUUGAAAGGAGUAAAUAUUCCUAUGUAUAUUGCCAUCAAAAGGCUUACACCACUUGCUGUACUAGUAGCUGGAUUCUUUACCGGAAAGGCUAAACCUACUACUCAGGUUACACUUUCCGUAUUACUUACUGCUGCCGGAGUUCUUAUCGCAGCUCUUGGAGAUUUUUCAUUCGAUCUUUUUGGAUACAGUUUGGCCUUUAUUUCUGUUUUCUUCCAGACCAUGUACCUUGUGUUGGUUGAGAAGUCGGGAGCAGAGGAUGGGCUUUCGUCGAUUGAGAUCAUGUUUUACAACAGUUUCUUAUCUUUGCCAUUUUUGCUAUUCCUCAUCAUAACCACAGGAGAAUUUCCAAAUUCUUUAUCUAUUUUAUUUGCAAAGAGUAGUUCAAUAUCAUUUCUUGCAAUUCUUAUUCUUUCAUUGGUGAUGGGCAUCGUCUUGAACUAUACGAUGUUCUUGUGCACCAUUGUUAACUCAGCUUUAACCACCACAAUUGUCGGAGUCCUCAAGGGAGUUGGAUCUACGACACUUGGAUUUGUCAUGUUGGGAGGAGUAGAAGUACAUGCUUUGAAUGUCACUGGUUUGGUGAUCAACACAGCUGGUGGGGUGUGGUAUUCAGUAGCCAAAUACCAACAGAAGAAGAGCAAAUUGCCCAAGAUAAUGUCCGAUAUCGAAGGUCAUCGUAAAUAAAAAAACUUCCAAUUAGUUGGUUCCAUAGAGUUCAAUAUUUAUACUUCUUUUUCCUUCACAAAUUGUGAAUAGGAAUUACAGUUGCAUUCACCAUUGAUGAUUUUGUCAAAGGUAAUAGAACAUUGUGUUUUCUAUAAGGUGUGGGGAAUAGAAUCAAUUUGAUAGUACCUUGAACCAUGUACUUGUGAUGUUAUAUGUAAACAUUGGAGAUGUUGUAUUACCAUCUUUUGUCUUGUCA